AUGCCCGCCUUCCGUGCACUGACAGCCAUGCGCCUGUUCGUUUUCUCCCUCAUAUUCAGCGCCCUGUCCGUGGCAGUUCCAACCGAGCUCCAUGAGCGUCAAGAAUAUGGCAUGGUCGGUGACGGAUUCGAGGGUGCCACGGCCACCCUGGGCAACUACUACAAUUACUGGACCCAGCUUUCCAAUGGCACAUGGGACCUGACGCGCAGCAACCGAUCUCCAGUCACAUCUCCAAAAGUAUUGCCCAUGGUCGACUCCUCGAUCAUGAUUGAGCCAAACCGCUCAGCACUGGUCAUCAUUGACAUGCAGAACUUCUUCCUUCAUCCAGAUUUGUCCCCGAAGGCGACGAAAGGGCGAGCGGCCGUCCAGCCAACCGUCAACAUGAUCAAAGGGUUCCGCAAGCAUGGCAUGAAGGUUCUCUGGGUGAACUGGGGCCUCACAGAGUAUGAUCUGCUGACCAUUCCGCCUGCCUUCAAGUUGGGAUUCAGCGACAAUGGUUUGGCAAAUGAGACUUUUGGCAGCGACAUGGGCACCAUCCAGGAGAAUGAUACGACGAUCCAUGUUGGCAAGAAGUUGAUGCGUGGGUCUUGGAAUGCCGAGCCAUAUGGUGUUCUCGGGACGAUGAAGGAUGAGGGCGUUGCCGCUGGCACUGAUCUUUGGUUCAACAAGAACCGUCUCUCAGGAUUGUGGGGGCCGCAGACGCCGCUGGGCUUGUGGUUGCAGGAAAACGAAAUGUCGACUCUGUUCUUUGGAGGCGUCAAUGCAGACCAAUGUGUUUGGUCCACACUGGUUGACGCAUAUUUCAAAGGUUACGACACGAUUUAUGUGGACGACAUCAGUCAGUCAACUAGUCCUCCCUUCGCCCAGGAGAUGACGAGGUACAAUGCACAGGUUUAUGGCUUUUUGGGUAACUCCACCAGCAUAUUGAAGGCUUUGGGAUAA